UGUCAUGAAGAAGCUUUCUUCUUUGGAGUUAGUAAUCGGUUUUUCUAUUUUAACAUGUACUUCAUGUUUCUCAAUCAUCCAAUUCACAAAUGGGUGCAUCAGUAGUUCAACUACUUCUAAUCAUUUUCAUCAAAUUUUCGUUUGUAGCAGCUCAAACCAAUGAUUAUGCAUAUCUUCAAUCUCUCAAAAAUGCUUGGAAGAACGCACCACCAAACUGGGAUGAUAUACCCGAUCCGUGUAGUGGUUGGGAUGGAAUCACAUGCACAAACGGUUGUGUCACCUCCAUAAUUUUGUUAAGCAUGAGUUUGAUUGGUAGCCUUACCGGAGAAAUAGAGCAGUUCUCUGAGUUGCAGAUUCUAAAUCUAUCUUACAAUAAGCGUUUGACCGGGCCUCUACCUCCAUCAAUUGGGAAAUUGAAGAAAUUAACCAACUUAAUCCUGAUAGACUGCGGAUUCAGCGGUCGACUUCCAGAUACCCUCGGGAGUCUAGAAAAUCUUGUCUCUAUGUCCCUCAAUUCAAAUUUUUUUAAUGGAGUAAUUCCACCUUCCAUUGGUAAUAUCAAAAAUCUUUACUGGUUGGAUCUUGGCGAUAAUAGGCUAUCUGGAAGUAUACCGGUUUCUAGUGGCACGACUCCUGGUCUUGACAUGCUGAUUCAUGCACGACACUUCCAUUUUGGAGGGAACAUGCUCAGUGGCAACCUUCCAGCUCAGCUCUUUAGCUCAAAUAUGAAUCUAAUUCAUCUUCUAUUUGAAAAUAACACGCUUAAUGGCUCCAUUCCUUCUACACUAGGGCUUGUUCAAACAUUAGAAGUCGUACGUCUUGAUAGGAAUCAGUUUUCUGGCAAUGUUCCAUCAAACAUCAACAAUCUUGCUGAUGUAAAUCUGAUGUACUUGUCAAACAAUCAAUUGACUGGCCCUAUGCCCGAUUUAACCGGCUUGAAAGGCCUGAAUUAUUUGGAUUUGAGCAACAACAGUUUUGACAAAUGGAGCAUUCCUUCUUGGUUUUCAGAUAUAAACUCCCUUACAAAACUUAAGCUGUCCAAUACAAAUCUUGAAGGAGUGCUGCCCGCUGCCCUUUUCAGCCUCCCUGAAUUACAGAUUGUUGAUUUAAGUGACAACACACUAAAUGGCACCUUGGAUAUCUUGUCUACCCAUAGCAAACAACUACAACAAGUUGAUUUGCAGAAUAAUCAAAUCGUUGAAUUCACUCAAAGAAGCCAAUCUACUAUCGAAUUAAUACUUGUGGGUAAUCCAAUUUGUAUGGAAUCAGGCGUGACAAAAAAAUUUUGCUCUCUUCCCGAAAAUACUACUCCAUCAGACUCUAGACAACCAAAUAAGUGUGUGCCUAUGAAGUGUAGUCAUUCGCUUCAAAUUAUGAGUCCAAACUGCCGGUGUGCAUUUCCAUACACAGGCAACCUUUUCUUCCGGGCUUCUCGCUUGUCAGAGCAUGGAAUUUCAACUGAUUACGACUCUUUACGAGAUUCAAUGAUUAGUUCUUUUCAGAUGUCUCAACUCCCCGUAGACUCUGUUGCAUUCGGGAAUCCUAGCAAAACGUUAGACGAUUACCUUGUGAUCAAUCUUCAUGUUUUCCCAUCUGAAGGAGAUGAAACGUUCGAUAGGAAUGGGAUAAAUGGAAUCGGGUGGUCACUUAGUAACCAAACAUUCAAGCCUCCCCCAGACUUCGGUACCUACGUCUUCAAAGGUGACGACUAUGAAUAUUUCCUAGUGUCCGGAAAGAAGUCAUCACACACUGGAAUCGUUGUGGGGGCAGCCGUUGGUGGUUGUGUGCUUGUGGUGUUAUUGGUAGUUGCAGGAAUGUAUGCUUUACGACAAAAAGGCAGAGCUGAAAGAGCAACACAUGAGAGCAGCCCUUUUGCGUCUGGUCAUCAUGAUAACCAAAUAGCAAGGAUUCACGAAGACAUACAGGAAAUCAGGACAUCUAUGGCCUCAAUCAGAACCGUCAUGGCCUCAGAACGGGCAGAAGAGGUUGCGUUUCGUGAAGUACUGCUUGAUUGGAUGAAGCAACAGGAUCCAAAGUUUUUCUCAGAUAUUAGCAUUGUUUCCGAUCCGACUGGGACAUUACCAAAGUCGGUGGUUGAUGAUGCUUCUAGGGAUUCGUCUGGCAUAGUUAGCGGUUUCCAGUCUCAUCCUACUUCCCGUGUCGUUCAGGUCGCAUCGUUGGGUUUGCCUUCGGUGACAUCUCCAAUGAUUUUGGAUGAAAUAGAUCGUGAAAGCAACGAAAUAUCACCACCUGAUGCAGAUGAAGUAUUAUUGGGGGUUUAUGAGUCAGAAUCGGAAUCCAAAACAAACCCUCGGACUCUACCGCCAAACCUAACGUCGUGCCUAUUAUCACCACUGCCACUAACGAUCGUUGAAGAAGAAAAAUAUGGAAAGCCAAUGGGCUUAAUCUCGAAUCAAGGCGGAAUGAAAGAGAAGUUGACAAUCCAAUCCACCCUCAACCUUAACGGAAAGUAUCUAAAUACCUGGAUUGUAGGAAUGGAACAACCGGGAGAUUAUGAGAAGUAUUUCACGGAGAUUAAAUUUGGAAUUGAAAAAAAGGAAGCAGCAAAGCAAGUGAUGAUUCCAAUUAGUAGACCGCCGCCAUCACCACCACCACCACCCCUGCUGCCGGGAAUUGACAAAAAGAACGGGGGAACGAUGAUGGAGUCCAAACGGAGCUCUUGGGAGAAAACGACUCCGUUUAACAACCGUUUAGAAUGGGGUUAUCCAUGUUACCCUUCCAAUGGGCUUAAAAAUGACAAUUGGGCUGCAAUUGAUUCAUGGGGCUCACAAUUGUUAAAUCGAAAGAUAGACUGGGUUUUAACGAGAAAACAAAAUAUAAACCCACUAGUCAAUAAGGCUACUGAUCAACGCUUUGUUAAUUGGAAUGAAAAUAACCAUGUUUAUCCUAAUCAGCUGCCAUCACCUACCCCAACGCCGACAAUGGCUUAUGUGUUUCAAUGGGAUCGGAGAGUUAGAUCAUCGAGUCGCACGGAAUGGAAGGAACGAAAGAAAAAGGACCUAAGUUUUCAUGGUGGUUCUCAAGUCGGCUUGUCUCACAAAUGUCAUAAAUGCAAAGAAGACUGCAAUCACUAUGCGUGGGAUGCUAAUCAGAUACCAAUUGAUCAAUUGUCAAAGAAUGUUUUUGUGGGACCGUGUCAAAUUUUGGAGUUAUUUGGAGUUGUUGCUAAUUCUCAAUCAGGACUGAGUGAUAAUCAAUUGGUGUUUGUGACCGAGUUAUGUGUGGAGUUAAUCAUUCAAUUAGGAUGCACUUCAAUUGAAGUGAAGUCAUUAGUUUCUAAGUAUGGUAACACUGACUUGAUUUUGGUAAUGGAAUGGCUCACAUCUUUUGGAAAAGUAAUCCACAAUUGGGAUACAGAAGUUAGUUUAUGUUCAAGCCAAAUGCAGGAGCUACCAUCUAGGUAUAUGGCAGAGUUAUUACCAAAAAUCUUAUUUGGGAAGUGA